GAAGCAGUGACCAGAAGGACUUGGUUAAAAGCAAAUGAAGAAAAGUAUUUUUUCCACACUGGGGGUGGGGAGAGGGGGAUUGGUGAUAGGACUGGGAGUAUUCUUGCAUGAUAGCCCCUCACCCUGCUGAUAUUAGAGUGGUGGUGGAGGUUAAUUCAUCAUACAUGUACAUGGAUAUAGUGGAACAUCGGUUAGUGGGGGACUACUCUCUUCCGUUGCUGUGCUGUGUUCCUAGCCAACUAUCACGGGUGACAAAUUCCAUUAAGUAUCCAUGAGUAAGCAGCACAUCAGAUCCAUCUCUACUGAAAUAAAGACACAAUGGAAUAAACACGUUUCAUUUUGUUUUGGGAAAGUGAUCAUUAAACUGCAUGUGCACCCCAAGAAAGUUGAAGGAUGUUGACUACACAAAAUUAGGGGGCCCCCUCUCUGUAUAGAAACUAUUACAAGGCUCAGGCUGGUUAUGCCUUGCUGGGUUAUCCUGUAUUACCAGCUAUGUAUGAGGAUGGUUUAGGAAGGAUGUUCCACAGUCUUUUUAGAAAAACAGUAACAAUUUUGAGAAAGGGUCUAGAAAUCAGUAAGCCCCACAUGAAAAUAGCUGUUACACAAUUUACAUCUUUGGUUGUAAUUUUGUCUAGCGCUGUUAUGAAUGAAGUGGGCAUGCACAUAAAACAGGAAGGUUCUGGUCUUGCGGUGAUUAGGAGCAAAAGAGCGGCAUCAAGCCUUCCAUUUACAGGGUCUCCCGGCACUUUAAAAAAGAAAAUAAAAGCUGUUAAAAGAUGAUGCAGCCAUAAGCCUAGAAGACUCUCUAAGAAGAGGAAGCAGAGCAUCACCCAUGGUAAAAGGGAUGUAUUUUAAAACUCAAAAUGGCUUUCAUUCAUAGCAAUUCUGAAGAAUUGUCCUAAAUCAGAAUUGGGUCUGUUUCGAAUAGCCCUGCUCAAACCAACAUUGAGAAUAGUUUUUAUGCCAAGGUGCCACCUUUGGCUACCUUAACUGUGAUUUCCCCUCUAGAAUUUUUUUAUUUUAUUUUGAGGCCUGGGGCUCGUUACCUAGACCUCACAGCACAUUGCUGUACCUGUGCCACAAGGUUCUGAAAGAAGAUGGGGCGGACACUAACAAAGAUGCCACGUCACCCUAACAAAUUACCCCAUCACCACCCUUUUUAACCAGCUGGAUGUCACUGUAGGUGGCUGUCUUAUCAGCCAGAGCAACAAUUGUUACGCUUACAGAAUCUUGAUAGAAUUGAUUCUGAACUACACCAAUCAUACCCUAGCUACACACGUUUCCACAGGCAUGUUUCAGAGAGACAGCAGGGGCCCACAAUAGCACCAUUUUGGACAGUGUGGGUAACAGGUUUUAUACUCAGGGCUGACCUAACAGCCAUCAGCAGAAAGCUGGAUUUGCUGGGACCUUUACACAGUGAUUUAUUUUUUCAAGAAAAAUUGCUGCUGAAGGACAUGGACUUCAAAAAUUAAAGUCAAAGAAACGUUUUGCCUGAUGAGUGGGAAUGCCACUCAGAAUUGUAAAGUACACAUUAUUUCAGCGUCCUGUUUUGUGAAACAAGUGAAAGUUACUCAGGGGUUUGUUUGGGCCAUGCAGAGGCUCUAACAACCACCAACGCUAAGUACCCUGGACUGGGUGGGCAUGAUGAAGGUGUAUAGUAUUCCAGCUGCAGUCAUGUCAGUAACCAGGAAAACCUCUUUCGGGGGCAGUUACCAAACAGUUUGUUAUUGGCUUUAUAGAUCAUGAUGCCUUCAGUAGUAAUUACUUUAACAGCAUUUUCAACUUUAAACAUUAUGACAUUAAUUUUGUGGACUUAUAUGUGGAUGGUGAGUAGGUGCAAGUUAAACCUCUACAACCUGAUUUUGAGAAAUGGAAAUGCAUGAGGGAGUACGUGGAUCUCACACAAGCUACUGGGAAAGAUGUAAAAGACUGAGCAUGCUUGAUUGAUCCUGGUGAAUUUGCACAGGCCUACAUGCUGUAUGCCUGUAACCUGACCCCAGACCAGGAAUGCACUGAUCAUUAUUCUCUCAUUGAAACUGGAAACUUGAGAGUAGAUUUGUUUUGCCGCAGCACUGCCCUCUACAGUAAGUUUGACAGUGUAUAGGGUUUCUGAUAAUGUGCUCAAGUUUAACAUAGAAGGAACAUCCUAUCUGAUGAUACUGGAUUUUGAACACUGUGCAAUUAACACAUAUUUUAUCAGAGGAUGCUUCUUUUUUAGAUAUUUUUCUCAGCGACCUGCUCCUAAAGGAAUCUAUGUCUGGAAUACCCUUGGGGCUUAUUGUUAAUACCCACACCCACAACUUACCCAGGGAACACUGUCUGGCCCCUUUACUACCAAAACAUGGACCAGGCAAAUUUUUCAAUUCCAACAGAUUUCCCCAAGUCAGUAACUUCUUUCCUAAAGCUAACAUGACUUUUUAAAAUGGUAACUCUAAUAAUAUUGUGUUUCACCAGGGACACACAUCUCCCUACUGGUAACCUGUGGACAGAGGCAACUCAUUGAGAGUGGGGGUGUCACAUGCCCCCCCAGAUUUCUGCCAGGGUUUGCUGGCCGGGUCCUCUCCCUGUGAGGCACACCUCGGAGCUGCAGGGAGGGACCACUAAGAGUGGGGAGGGGAUGUGCCUAGGGGGGCAUGACUCAAGCUUUAAAUUGUGGCCCCCCGCACUAUCAGUAGAAACCAGUCAUCUAUGCCUGUGGGUAUCAUAGUAUAUAUAUAUUUUAAAGAAAUGCAGUAAAAGGUUACCGCUUGAUCACAUUUUAAAAUUAUAUACUGGUGAUUUACCAGAACAUGACCACAUGAUGGUGCAGGUUGUAAAAGGGAAAAAUCAGGCAUGUCCAGAUGCAUCCCAAAUUUUUUUUAACGUGUUUUUUUUAACUUUUCUUUCUGGUCCCAUUGAAUUCACUUAAUCUCUAGUAUGGAAAAAUGUCGAUGGGUUUAGUCUUGGUGAGAGGGGGCUGGGUCCAUGGUAUAAUAAGGUGAUGGUGUCACGAUCUUGUAUUUAAACAAGAGCCUAAAUUUAGUCUCCUAAAUCCAUAUUCAGGCUCCAGAGUAAGUGGACUGAUUUCAGUAGCUUUGGGCACUCAGCACUGAACCCCAGUGUUGCAGGCUCAGCAUUUUUGAAACUCUGGCCACUUUUUGAGAAAAGUGAAUAUGGAUUUAAAAGGCUAUUGUUUGAAAAAGCUAUUAAAAACAUUUCCCCAGAAUCAGUCUAGAACAUCUGUCUGCAGGGAAAGAACCUGUGGGGAAUAGGGGUGUGAAACAGACUAAAUCCCCUUCCAAAACAUCUCCAGUCACCUUUCUAAUCUGGACAGGCUGCAGAAUAACAACCACAUUUUGCUUCAGGUUGUCUCAUUCCCUUGAGAGACGGGGAAAGGAAAUGGCUGGAGUGGAGCUGGUGACCUUUGAGGAUGUGGCUGUGUAUUUCACGGAGGAAGAGUGGGCUUUGCUAGACCUGGGUCAGAGAGCCCUGUACAGGGAUGUCAUGCAGGAGAAUUAUGAGACUGUGACCUCGCUGGCAAAACCUGACAUGAUCUCCCGGCUGGAACAAGGGGAGGAGCCGUGGGUCCCUGAUCUCCAGGGCUAUGAGGAAGGGGAGAUCCUGAGGAAUGUCCACACAGAAGGUGAGGGGAUGAUGAGUGAGAAUGAGGAGGAGAAUCCUCAGCAGGAAGGUCCUGAGCAAGUGGAUCUACAUGGGAUGGUAUCCGGAAGAGCUGAAAAGGACAUUUCCCAGAAUCCUGAGGAGCCAGACAUCUGUGAGAGCCAGCACAGGCCAGAGAGGCAGCAGGAAAACCACUCAGAGGAGAGAUGGGCUAAAUCGACUCUCAGAAGCAGACGGGUCAAGAAAAUCAAAGAAACUGUUGAACAGAGAAACCCCACUAUAGAGAGACCCUACACUUGUGGGGAUUGUGGGAAAAGCUUCACUUGGAAAUCAGUCCUUAUUAUUCACCAGAGAAUCCACACAGGAGAGAGACCCUAUAAGUGUCUGCACUGUGGGAAAAGCUUCAGACAGAGUUCAGCCCUUAUUACACAUCAUACAAUCCACACAGGAGAGAAGCCCUAUAAUUGCCCUGACUGUGGGAAAAGCUUCAACUGCAGCUCAACCCUUAUUCAACAUCAUAGAAUUCACACGGGAGAGAAACCCUACAAAUGCAGUGACUGCGGGAAAAGAUUCAGUGUGAGCUCUCACCUUCUGUCACAUCAGAGAACCCACACAGGAGAGAGACCCUAUGAAUGCUCCAAGUGCAGGAGGAGUUUCAGUCAAAGUUCACAGCUUCUAUCACAUCAAAGAACCCACACGGGAGAGAGACCCUAUGAGUGCCCUGUGUGUGGGAAAAACUUCAGUAGGAGCUCAACUCUUAUUACUCACCAGAGAAUCCACACAGGAGAGAAACCCUACAAAUGCAAUGAGUGUGGGAAAAACUUCAGUGUGAGCUCACACCUGCUAUCACAUCAGAGAACCCACACGGGAGAGAGACCCUAUGAAUGCCUCCAGUGUGGGAAAAGCUUCAGUCAGAGCUCACACCUUAUUAGACAUCUGAGAAUCCACACAGGAGAGAAACCCUAUAAUUGCCCCAACUGCGGGAAACGCUUCAGUCACAGCUCAUCCCUUACUAAACAUCAGAGAAUCCACACAGGAAAGUAAUGAUAUAACUACCCCAACUGUGGGAAAAGCUUCAGAGUUCAGAUUUCACUAAUCACCAGAGAAUCAACAUGGGGGGAGACACUGCAAAUGCAGUGAGUGUGAGAAAAGAUUCAGUCAAAGCUCACAGCUCCUAUCUCAUCAGAAGAGAGACCCUAUGAAUGCCCCUAGUGCAGGAAAAGCUUCAGAGAGGUCAAACCUUAUUAUUCACCAAAGAAUCUCAUGGGGGAGAAACUCUUUCAAUGUCCCGAGUGGGGGAAAAGUUUCAGAACGACUCAGCCCUUACUACACAAUAGAGAAUCCACGGUGGAGAGAGACCCUACAAGUGUAUGGACUGUAGUAAAAGCUUCAGUCAGAGCUCAGCCCUUAUUAUACAUCAUACAAUCCACACAGGAGAGAAGCCCUAUAUCUUCUCUGACUGAAGGAAAAUCUUCAGUUGAAGCUCAGCUCUUAGUCAACAGCAGAGAAUCUACAUAGGAGAGAAACCCUACAAAUGCAGGGAGUGUGAGAAAAGCUUCAGUGUGAGCUCACAUCUUCUAUCACAUCAGAGAACCCACAGGGAAGAGAGACCCUAUAAGUGACCCAACUGUGGGAAAUGCUUCUGGCAGAGCCUAAACCUCAUAAGAAAUUCCACAAAGGACACACAUCAUAGAAGUGCCCUUGUUAGGGAUGACCUUUUCCAAUUCCCAUGAAUUUCAGACUAGGCUGGAAUAGCCAUGUAAUGAGGAUAUGCAAUGGGUAGUUAUUAAAACAGAAAAUGAAAUCACUUUAUUGGGACAGAGUUGUACAGAGCAAGAGGCUAGAAUGGGAUUAGAUUGUAACUUCUUGAGAAGUUCUGAACACUGAUCAUGCUCCAUUCAGGUGUUACACAUCUAGAACAAUCUUUAUGUUAUAUACUAUGACUUCUCAUUUAUUCUUGAUAGUGUUUUAGGCCCAAAUCCACCAUUGUGACACUCAGAUAAUUAUAAUGCCUAACUUUUAGGUUGUUCACAGGAACAACACUGGGAUCCACAAAGCCCAAGUUAGAUAUCCAGGCUCCCUAUACAAUGAAGGGGAAGAGAAUUAAUCUUAGAAUGUGAUUCACAAAAGCCUUUGCAUUAGGUGUGGAGCUGCCUAAGCUAAUCGGUAGGAGAUGCCAAUGAGAAGGGUAUGUUCUAAGCCCUGCCCAUCUCAUGGAGAUAGGCACCUAUCUCUGUUUCUGAUUCAUGAACUGGGGAAGUUAGACACUCCUCUGCUGAUGGCAUCCAAGCCAGUUGGUGUGUUCAGACAAAACAGCUGUGGUGGGAAAGGAGGAUCUCACUCAUAACUUUUAGCCCCAUCAUUAGGGCACUUGCCCAGGAUGUGGGAGACCUCCACGACUUCAAGUCCCACCUCCAUCUGAUGAAACAAAGGGAUUUGAGUGGUAUCUGUCACCUCUCAUGUGAGUGCCCUGGCCACGAAACUAUGGGUUAGUCUGAUACAGAGAUCCUUCAGUUUCUCCUUAUGAAACAGUUCCACUGGAUAUAAAUACUAAAAGAGUCCUUUGGCUAGAGAGAGAGAGAGUUGGAAUGGCUCUGCAGCAUUGUGAUUAGGCAACCACCCCAUAAGGUAGGUGAUUGAGUCCAGUUCCUUUCCUCCAUUGACUCUUUAAGUUUCCUUGAAGACAGAAUCCUAAGUCCCACCAUGAAGGAGACUUCACACUGAACAACAGAAGGCAGGGUGAGAAAUUCCACCUAGUAAAAAGUGCAGAAGGAUUUAGGAAAUCCAUGCUUGUUGCUAAAAUUCCAUAGGGAAUUUAUGCACUUUGAAUGAAGUCAGAAUUUGUUCUUUCAGAGCAUAAUUAUUGUUUCCUUAGAACACUGAACCCAUUGGAGUUCAGAUCUAUUCCAUAAAUCCAGACUCUUGGGACAGUAGGAACUCUUAGUUAGGCUUAUAUGACUUUGGUAUUUUCCAACAACUUCCACCCAACUAUGAAAAAUAUUGUAGUGUUUCAGUGAAAUCACUGCCUCCAUCAAUGGGAGAGUUUCUCCCGAUGGCAUAGGUACUCCAUCUCUUGGAGAGGCAGUAGCUAGGUCAAUGGGAGAUUUCGCCCUUUGACCUAGCACUUUUUACACCGGGGGGUCAGGUCAGUUUAAAUGUGCAGCUGAGAGAGGAGGGAUUUUUCAGACCAGUGAGUAAUGUAGUCAGACCAACCUAAUUUCCUAAUGUAGCUCAAGCCUUAGAUCUCUCUCCCUUACAACAUUACACUCUAUGUGGGAGUGAGAAAAGCUAUCUUCUAACUUCAACAUCUUUAGUCAAUAUUUAUGUUCUAAAUUUUAGAAUACUUUUAUUCUAAUUUUAAUUGUGUGAUGUGUUUUUAACUACAAGAGUUAUCAAAUGUGAUAAUACCUUAUAUUCCACACUAGCCUCAUUUCACCCUUGGGGUGGUAACUUAACUAGUUUAUCUUUGUCUAUUUUAAAUACCAAAAGUAGGUUACUUUGUGAUAGUUCUCUUUCUACACUUGAACAGUGUUUACUCAUUGGUAUACAGAAUUAUGUAGCUCUCUCUCUUUUCUGCCAAUUACUUCAAUCACCAGGAUCUUCCUGUCUGUUAACUCUAAGAAUACUCUCUCAGCCUGCUUGAUUAGCUGUCAUUUGAAUACCAUGGUUAAUCAAACUGCUUUCUGAAUUUUCACACUUGUAAAAUUGCCUAUUAGCUCCACUAAAUCAAAACUAAUCCUCUCUGCUCUGCACUGUUGUAUAAUAAUCACAUUGGGUGAUUCUUGUACCUCCACUUUUGUAUGUCAUUGUAGUAAUUUCCAGCUAGACAUGUUUAUCUAAACUCUGCUGAAUUUCGAGCUGUAGUAAUCAGAUGACUCUGAUUUUGCCUUAAAAAUCUUGCUUAGCCUCAAAAUACUACCUUUUUGAGACAGAAGUAAAAGUAGCAGCAAUGGUUUUGCUAGUUUUUGUUACAUUGACAAUACUUUCAGUUAUAUUCUCCUACCCAGCCUAUCUAGUUUUAUUCAGUGUUAGUUUAAAAGUUUGAAUAUCAAGUUGAAGUAUAAUUGUUGUAAUUUAUUUGCUUUACUGAGUUUAUACUUGGUUAUUUGUCCUGCUUUGAGCAGCAGGUUGGACUAGAUGACCUCCUGAGGUCCCUUCCAACCCUGGUAUUCUAUGAUUCUAUGUUCUGAUACUAUUGCUUUAAGUUUAGCUUUUAAAUUAUGUUAAUAAUUUUUAGUUACUAGUUAUUCUUAAUUAGGGCAAACAACCUCUUGAUGUGGGUUAUGAAUAUUUAAUGGAAUCCCAUUCUGAUUAUUUCUCAUAGCUGUUUCAAUUUUAUAUUCAGUUUUAUAACACUAGUCCAUUCAUAGAAUCAUAAAAAAAGUAGGACUGGAAGGCACCUGAAGAAGUCAUCAAGUACAGCCUCCUGCACUGAGACAGGACCAAGUAAACCUAGAUCAUACCUGAUAAGAAUUUGCAUAACCUGUUCUUAAAAA